AUGGCCACCAUCAAGCCCAUCGAGGGCCGCUCUGUCCAUCAGAUCCAGUCUGGCCAAGUGAUUGUAGACAUCUGCUCCGUUGCUAAAGAGCUUGUGGAAAACAGCAUCGACGCUGGAGCGACUUCAAUUGAGGUUCGCUUCAAAAACCAUGGCUUGGACGCUGUUGAAGUCCAGGACAAUGGGGCGGGGAUUGCGCCAGAAGACUUCGAGACAAUAGCUUUGAAGCACCACACGUCUAAACUAUCCACCUACGAUGACCUUUCCGCCCUUCGCACCUUCGGCUUCCGUGGCGAGGCCCUUUCCUCCCUCUGCGCCCUCUCUAAAUUCCACGUCAUCACGGCCCGCGCCAGUGAUGGGCCGAAAGGUACACGGCUCGAUUUCGACAUGUCGGGAAAGCUCAAAGGAACUUCGGUCAUUGCUGCGAAACAAGGCACAACCGUAGUGGUGGAGAGCCUGUUCUACAAUCUGCCGGUGAGACGCAAGGAGCUCGAGAAGACAAUCAAGAGGGAGUAUAACAAGGUACUGGCAUUACUGAAUGCGUAUGCAUGUAUUAGCGCAGGCGUUAGGUUCUCAGUGAGUAAUCAGAUGCCGAAAGGGAAGAAAAGUAUCGCCUUCUCAACCAACUCAAAUCCCAACACCAAAGAGAACAUCGCCAAUGUCUACGGCACCAAGACACUACUUGCGCUAAUCCCCCUCGACCUAAAGUUCGAAAUGGACCCGUCAAACAGACCUAGACCCACGCAGAGCGCCAGGAAUUGGAGCACCAGAGAGGACCCAGGGUCCCGAGAAGUCAGCAUUGUCGGCCACAUUUCCCGCCCGGUUGUCGGUGAAGGCCGGCAGACUCCAGACCGCCAGAUGUUCUUCGUCAAUUCCCGCCCCUGUGCACUCCCGCAGGUAGCCAAAGCUUUCAACGAAGUUUACAAAUCCUAUAACAUCACCCAGUCGCCAUUCAUAUUCGCUGAUAUCAAGCUUGACACAAAUGCUUACGAUGUCAAUGUGUCUCCAGAUAAGAGGACUAUAUUAUUACAUGAUCAAACGACACUGCUAGAAAAUUUGAAGGAAGCGCUUGCUGAGCUCUUUGGGAGCCAUGACCAGAGCGUUCCUCAAGCUCAGCUUAUGCCUCAAAAGGUCCUAGGCUUUAAGCCCUCGCCUAUGCAAAGAGGUGGCACAGACUCUACAGUACGAAAUUCUCCUGUGCCAGCCAACGUUCCCCAAAAGCCUCGACCGGCGCCGGAAGCUGAGGCGCUUACCUUGUCUUCAGCUUCUGAAGAGAUCCCUCCUCAACGAGGUUUCAUCAAAGCCAGCCUAAUCGAAAGAUCUACAGGCAGAGGUACAGAGGAGAGGGCUUUACGCCCUCAUGCGAGACAGCAAAGAAAGCCGAUAUCUCCAGACCCUCCUUGUAUAUCAGGUCCAUCAUCACAGGACUUGGAGCCUCUGGUAGAGGAACCUGCACCGGAUCCAAUUGAGUUUGAACUGACACCUAUCAUACCCAGUGCCCAUGUAGAGCUUCCAAGAGCAGUCCAAGAUUUCAACGCUCGGAUAGCGUCCCAACAUGCAAAGCAUAUGGCACGAGACCGAUCGCCAAGAGUUUCAGGUGCUGAUGACAGUGAUGAGGGUGAACAAGAAGAGAAUGUUCCUGCCGUAAAACAAACGCCACGAAAACGAUUGCCGCAAAGUAACAUCCAAAACGCAUUCGAUAGGAUGCGUCCAAUGCGAACACCGGCUCAACAAGCUACUAUCACCAUUGGUGAUACUACAACAGUGUCGACCAUUGGAAGCCAAUCUAGGGCAUCGAGACGGUCUAGGAUCCACAUUCCCAAGUUCUCGUUGAGCGGGACUCCUUUGAGUCAGGCGCCAAAAAAGCCAUUGUUUAUGAGAAACCAAGGUGGCCUCUCGGUCUCGGGUACCCAAAUAGAACAGAGCGACGACGAGGAUGAAGACGAAGACUUUCAAGAGGCUGCGGGUGAGGAUAGUAGUAUGCCUGACGCACCUGUUCCUAACAAUCCCUCACUGGAGAAGAAGAAGCACCAUUCGACCAACAUGGUAGUUCAUGAACCUAACUCAGACUCCUUAUUCGUUGAAUCAAGUGACCAGCCCAUACCCCCUCCUCCACCACUCGCUGAAGGCCUACAGGAAGAAGAUGAGGCGCAGCCUGAGCCUGGUGGUGAAGAUGACCGUUCUGACAACGAGUACAUUAACGAAGCUGAAAAGAAAGCAAGAGAAGAAGCGAAAAUCAUGAAGAUGAUUGCUGAAGCUGAAGAAUCUGCUGCGCGUCCAACGGAACACAAUCUCAAACGUGCAACAAAACUUUUCCAAGGUCCAAGGAAGCAAUACAUGACGACUGGAUUUGUCAGGUUUGUAGAGAGUUCUGCCAACGAUAUCACUCGCCAAGCUCUGAAUCUGUCUGCUCUCAUUGGAGGAGAGCGGGCUGAGCCAAUAACUGAUGUCCCAUCAAGCACACAACUCAGCACAUCAAACCCCGAGGAGCAACUCUCUCUCACAGUCACAAAGUCUGACUUCCACUCUAUGCGCAUCAUCGGCCAGUUCAAUCUAGGUUUCAUCCUCGCCGUCCGUCCCGCAGCACCCACAUCCCCUAGUCCAGAUCUCUUUAUCAUUGACCAACACGCUUCCGACGAGAAAUACAAUUUCGAAAGAUUCGCAUCAGCUACGGUCUUGGUCUCUCAGCGUCUCGUACAUCCGCACCCGCUGCAACUAACAGCCAUUGAAGAGGAGAUUAUCCUCUCUAACGAAGAGGUUUUGACCGCCAAUGGAUUCACAGUAUCAGUCGACAACACCGGCUCAACACCGCUCGGUGGCCAGCGCGCAAAGCUACUGACCCUCCCCAUGUCCAAAGAAGUAACCUUCACACCGGCAGACCUCGAAGAACUCCUAGCUCUUCUCGCAGAGAACCCGCCUUCCGCCAAUAUCUCUGAACAAUACAUCCCUCGUCCGAGUAAAGUGCGCAAAUUACUUGCGAGUAGGGCAUGUAGAAGCAGUGUUAUGGUUGGCAAGACCAUGACGAAAUCGCAGAUGGAACGUGUGGUUAGGCAUAUGGGGGACAUGGACAAACCGUGGAGUUGUCCACAUGGACGGCCUACCAUGAGACAUCUUUUGGGACUGGAGAAGUGGGUGAGUUGGACUGAGGGAGGAGGAGUGGUGGGAUUGGAUGAGGUGGAAGAGAGAGUGGAUUGGAGCGCGUAUGUAAGGAGGCGGGCUGGUGGUGGGGAAGUGGGAGUUUAGGAGCAAAGGGAUAAGGGCUAAUGGGCCGGGGGAACUUCAAGUGGUGAGUUCAUCCGAGGUAAAGUAAUUUUUUUUUUUUCAUUUGUGUGAAAAAAACGUCG